AUGGACCCUGAACGGCUCCUCCAGUGUCCCUAUGACAAGAACCACCAGAUCAGAGCCUGCAGGUUUCCCUACCAUUUGGUGAAGUGCAGAGAGAACAACAAGAAGAUCGCCAAGGAAUUAGCAACGUGCCCUUACAAUGCCCGUCACAGAGUUCCUAGGCAGGAGCUCAACUUACACAUAGCCAGUUGUGAAAGCAAAAUGGCUCAGGAGCUGGAGGAAGGUAAUUCUCACAACAAAACCAAAGAGAUCACUGCCUUUCAGUGUCCUCCAUCCCAGGAAAACUGGGAGGCAGAUGCUGAGGAGUUUCCUGCUCGCCCUUUUGUGUUUGGAAAAAGCUACCUACAUGAUGGGAACCCGAAUAUGGACUCUUCUUCUUCCAAAGUCCUCCCUUGGAAGUCUGAGACCAUGAGACAGCAUAAAGUCCUUUACCACCAACAAAAAGGUGCUGCUGGAUUUGAGUCUAGCCCUUCAACUGCAGACCAACACGGCUACCCUCUGAAGCAGCCCCCUGUCCACGAGGAGGACGAGAGCAGUGAUUUCAGAGGCAGCGGCACAAAUAGCAGCGGCGGCGAGGCUGAGAGAGCCACCCAGACGGCAAGCAUGAAUGGUAAAGCCUGGGCAAGGCCCCUCCUCUGA